AUGAUGCACCACAUGGCCGAUCAGUACCCCCCUCUGCCCCAGGGUGACCAGAGGCCUGGUGGUGUGCUAGCCGAUGCGGCAAUAGCCUGCUAUGGCACGUGGAUUAAGGACGGUGGUGGUCAAAAAGCCGGCUCCUCUGCCCUCCCCUUGUCCAGUCGAGCAGAAGCCAAGUCGGGAAAGGCUCGAGCGGCCGAUCCGGUGAUCGCGGAAGGACCAGAGGAGCAGGAGGAGGAGGAGGAGGAGGAGAAGAUCCUUCAUUUUGAACCAGCCCCACCUGCCCAGACAGAUUGUGGCGAAACUAUGUGUACAGCGGCCUCAUUACCUGGCAAGACGUGUGCGUCGGUAUGCCGGUCUAUGAAGAGCCAAGGGAGUGAUCGUACAGGAUGCAAGAAGCCCGUUGGAUGUUCGGGAGUCUCUCUAAGGCGCAAAGGACGCAAGUUAACCGGACUACCCAAGAAGCCUGAACCAAACUCUGGGAAAAAACAACGACUGAAAGGUGGAAGCGAAGCACUGAAGGCUGUACCAGUAUCCAGUGGUCAGUCUAGCUCGCUUGAAGAGGAGGUACCCGUGGAAGUAAUUAGUCCACCUAAUGCUAUUAGGACAGGCACGGAGAAGAGCUCUUCCCGCUGUGCGGAAAGUUGUUCGCUGCAGAGGGGUCCGUCGAAGUGUCUGACGCGCAAGAGAACCACUGCUUCUUCUGCAGCACAAUCACCCAAAUCGGAGUUAAAAACACCCUCGCGAACUCAACAGGAUGACAAAAGUUUAGAGAAAAUAAAGGAAAAGGGGCAACGGGCCUCAGGUGGAGCGGUCCUGAAGACUCCCACACAUGUUACAAACAAAAUGGACGAGAGCACUCUCCCUCAGCAGAAAAGAGCCUUGCGGGAAAACUCCCAGCUAGAAAGCCCAUUAAAGGCACCGUUUUUAGGGGAAAUCCAGGCUGACGUAAAUACUGUAAUCUGUGGACAGCCUAGUCCAGAUAAAGGACCAUUUGGUACCGAAGUGAAUUAUGCAGAGAUGUGCCGCACAGGAGUACUUUCGGGACUUCCCUUCUCGGACAAAGAUUUAGAGGAGGAUUACCUAUCUUGUUUAUCGCAAAAAGGCGAGCUGAUAAACCAGACCCAGGCUCAACUUUCCAAGAAGGUUGCUUCAGCUCGAGAGCAACUGGCCAGCGUACUGGACCUGUUGGAAAGAACUGACCAGCAAGACUAUACGGAAGAAGAGUUUCUGAGAGAAGUUAAAAAACUCAAUUUGGAUUCAGACUUUCCAGUAACACCUAGCUACUACGCCACCAAGAAAAAGGCGGCUGGCAACGAGACAGAAGCUGGUGGGGGCCCCUCAGCUGUCCCGCGGAUAAGGAUCGCAAGUGAGUCUUCCCAGGGAUUGCCUGAGGCUCCGGCUGAAAAGACAAACACCGAGGGUGAGGAUGGAAAGCCUCCAUGUGAUAGUGUCUCGGAGGAGGCUGCUUCCAGUGUGAAUGUCAAACUUCCAGGUGUUGCUGUACUGGAGCUGAUGACUGGCGUCCGAUCUGUUCGCCUCCCGCUUACGGAGAAUGUUCCGAAAGACAGUCUAGUGGCUGUGAGUGUCGACCUUGCGGAACCCCAGGCGUCUACCCUCCUCUGCGAAGGACUCGGAACUGCCCACCAUGUGGACAGUCCACUGACUGUGAGCAUCGACCUUGCAGAAACCUAG